AUGCUUGACCUGCCGCAGACUAAGGGCGACCUUGAGACAGCUCUAGUGUCACCUCUCCCUCGGGAGCGUAUAACGCCGGCAAAUCCAUUCACAGUUGUCGGCGUAGAUUUCGCGGGACCGCUCUAUAUCUCAAGGUCCGCUUCUCCCAAGACGUACGUAGCCCUUUUCACGUGCGGUGUCACAAGGGCCGUCCACCUCGAACUUGUGUCCUCUAUGAGCGUGCCUGAUUUCCUGCUUGCCUUCCGACGGUUCAUCUCUAGGCGUGGGAUACCCUCCUUCAUCUUUUCCGACAACGCUCGCACCUUUCGCAAAUGCUCGUCUCUCCUCUCCCUGGUUAGCGCAAGAGAUGUACUAGACUUUGCCACCCAGCAUCGCAUCGCCUGGCGAUUCAUUGUUGAGCGAGCUCCUUGGUGGGGAGGCUGGUGGGAACGGCUCAUACGAACUGUGAAGGAAGCCCUAAGACGCUGCCUUGGGAGAAAGCACCUCACAUUUGAGCAGUUGACUACGACACUCUGUGAAGUAGAAGCCAUCGUCAACUCCCGCCCACUCACGCAUAUUGGAGCUGAUCCCGGAGAGCUUGAGCCAUUCACCCCAUCCCACUUUCUGUUAGGGAAACGAGCAGUGGCUUUGCCUGAUGAAUUCGCUACCGAUGCAUCACGCCAGAACGACCUGCGGCUCAGUUUUCGUGUCAUUCAACAGGCAAGGAAGCAGUUCUGGAAGCGCUGGACGCGCGAAUACCUCCUUCAGCUGCGGUCAGCGCACGCAACCACCUCGCCAGCAGUGUCCGAGACUCAACUGAGGGAAGGCGACGUCGUGCAAGUGCAAGAAGACCAUGUCCGUCCAUCGUUUUGGAAGUUGGCUCGCGUGUCAAGCGUCAUACGAGGGCGAGACGGCAUCGUACGGGCAUGCUCGCUGCGCCUGGCCAACGGGUCAUCAAUCGUCCGACCCGUCCAAAGGCUUUGUCGCCUCGAAGUUGACGCGCCCCAAGUCCCGGCGCGGGAUGAUGUUGCAUAA